AUGUCGGCUAGUAUGCUACGGCAAAUGCUGGUGGAUGCAGCGGCAUUUCUAAAGGCCGAGCGUUACCACGAGGCGAAAGAAUCUGCUCGUCGUGUCACUCAAUUUGAUCCUACCAACUUUAAUGCUUUCAUGUGCGUGGGGCUGUCCUGCUUCCAUCUACAACAGUGGGAAGAGUGUGAGGAAGCGUAUCGCCGAGCUGCAGACCUUAAACCAGAGAUGCCGGCGCCGUGGAAGCAUCUUGUGGACCUUUUUGAGGCUAUAAACAAUAUAAAGAGAAAGUUGGAGCCACUGGAGAAACUCGUGGAAAUUAAUUUGAGAGGCAAGAAGCUGAAAAGAUGUCAAAAAUGGGUUGCAGAGGUGGCGGCCAUUGCUCUGGAGCUCAAAAUGCUGCCGAAGGCCUUUGACUCGUGGUACACACUUGUGGGGAAGCAGGCUGGAGCUUUACGACAAGUUUCGCUGGACAAGACUCCGAACGAGGAACUUCCGUCAUCGUUGAAUAUUUGGCUGCAACUAGUGGAUAUAUUGCAGCAUCCUGGUUUCAGUCUAUCAGAUUGCUGUGGCAGCUACUCAAUGGAAGAGAUUUCUAGCCACUUUUUCGCUGUUGUAUCUCGUUCAGACUGGGCAGUCCAAAAUGAAGAGGUUGACGCAUUACGACCGCGAGUGGACGUCGCGAUUACAUUCUUCAUGCGAUUUCAUCUGGAUAUCUUGAAGGCUUCAAAUAACAAGUCAACAAGUAUAAAGACGGUGGACGCGUUGGCAAUGUCGAGUAUCGAAUUGUUUCCUGAAUCUAAGAUCCCAGCAGAAUAUUUACUUCUUCGAUCCGAAGACCAAGAUAGCCCUAUCAAAUUAGAGAAAGCAAAAGAAAUCGCGACUGGAUUGUUCGCAAACUAUCCCAAAAGUCCAAUGGCUCUUGUGUUCAAGGCGGUCGAAUAUUUGUGCGAGGGAAACAGUAGUGAGGCUCGAGAGAGUCUUGUCGAAGCACUCGCAGGAUAUUCUUCGUCAUCCUUUCAAGAAUGUGCUCUAUGCAUUCGCGCGCAAAUCGAAUUGGCGUCCAUCGCACUUGCAGCUCGCGAUGUGGAAGGUUGUCUGAAUCGUCUUGCACUGGCCAGAAAGGUGGUAAAUGACAAGACGAAAUCACUUGGAACAAAAGGUCCGCUUCAUGACAUAUACUCUGAAGUUAAUGUGAUGUUCAUGACCGCAGCUGCACGUGAAUACUCGUGCGAAUCGGACAAGGCCUUGGAGUACUAUCAUGGUGUCAUGAAGAGCACUGAUCUUCAUUUCGCGGUGAGAGCGGCCAUUGCAGCCGCAGAGUUGUUGGCAGGAAAGUCGCGCCAGAAGGAGGCCUUCGACGUCAUCGAUUCCGUUUCUUUAACUGAAGUGGAGGAUGAAAGUAUGAGAGCUACCGUGUUGUGCUUGCGCGGGUGGCUUCAAUUUCAACUUGGUUAUUUCCAGCAGGCACAAGCGCUGUUAGAGGCAAAUGUAAGCAAGAUUAAGCCCAGUGAUGUUUUCGGCAGGGGGCGAACACUCAAGCGACUGGCAAUUGUUUAUUGGCAUUUGGGUGGCUUUUACCAAACAGCCAAAACAGGAUGUUUUGGUCAUCUACUGCGUGCCGCCAAGUUGACGCCGUCCGAUGCGGAGAUCUUCUCCUGGCUGGGGAAAUGGUACCAAGAAGUUGCAAGCGACAUUUUGCGAGCCGAAAAGUGUUUCUUGAAAGCACUUUCGCUAUCUCCCAUUAACGAGCUCGCAGGAGUUGGCCUGACCAAUCUGUACGAUCUACAGGGGAAGUACGAGGCGAACGUAACACUUUGGAGACAAGUGACUAAGGAUCAAGAAGUAGCCCCUACGUGGGCGCUUUUGCGACUAGUACAACACCUAGUGGAGCAAAAUGACGAAACGGCAGUGGGCAAAAUGCAUUUGGUACUGCGUAAUGAUCCUUUGAAUGCGCGGUAUUGGGUAAUUCUGGCUCAUAUUUACCGAAAUUUCAACAAGCAAGUAUCAGCGCAGAGGUCAUACUUGAAAGCCAUCGAAUUAGGCGAAGAGAGCUGGUGCGUCCGCUGUGAGCUAGCGAGGAUUGAAGGCUCAUUGUUGCUUUUUGAUGAUGCGUUAAAGCGUAUCAAACCAAUAAUUACUGGCGAGUUGUCGGAUGGUGACCCAGACGUGACUGUUGCUUCCAUGAUUUACUCCGACCUGCUUUUCCAGCAAGCAAAAUACUUGUGCGCAGAAGGAUUGUACGGCAACGCAGCUACUAAAGUGAAGAAGGCAUCGCAUAUACUGAACGGAUUACCAUCCACUUCACUUGUAUCUGCAUCCGUGGAAGCGUGUAAGCUGAUCGGCGAUAUUCACUGCUUUGCGUUCUACUUGUCACCAGAAAACUUUUCAGGUGAAGGUUCGAGCUGGGUUGACUUUAUUAGCGUGGGAAGGAAGGCGUAUGAGGCGGCAGUGGUACUUGCCAGGAAAAGCAAAAUGACUGUUGAUGAUUCUAAUGCGGUGGUGAUGGCGGAGAGAUACUACGACAUUGGUCUAAGUUAUUGGUAUGAAGCCCAAGCAUUAAACAAUAUCCAUGGCAUUCACACGUCAGCUUUUUCAGCCCGAAGUGGUCCCACCCAUACUGACGAAGAUGCUACUAUCGCAAAACUCAAAGCGAAAGCAUCGAUGAAUUUCAAGCUGGCUCUUCAUGAGGAUCCUUCAUGCUCAUUAGCCUGGAAUGGUCUGGCACUUGUGUCGGGUAAUCUGCUAGUAAAGCAGUUUGCCUGGGCACGAUCCAUCCAAACUGGCAGCAAUAGCGACGCCACAUGGGCAAAUUUAGGCAUGUUUUACGUCAGCCACGCUGAUACCGUGCCUGCAACAGCGCAUCUGGCUCAAAAAUCGUUCGUCCAGCUGCAGAGCAUGAACCCAAGCAACCCUUCCAUGUGGAAUGGGUAUGCAAUGUUGGCUCGUCGCUAUGCUAGCUCAGCAGUUCAGCAACGAAAAUCGAUCGAAGCGUUUGACUGUGCGUUACAGGCUGGAUUGGAUUUGGAUGCUUUGCUGGGUUUGUGCAUGGCACUGCUUGAUUUUGAGGGUACAGUUGGUGAAUCCACCACGAAUACUCAAGAGCACGGCCAUGAGCAGAUGAUGUUUUAUCUACAUAAGUACCUGGAGCGAGAUCCAUUCAACGGGGAUGCAUGGUAUGCACUCGGUAUCACUCAACAUCGUCUUGGACUAUACUCCAAGGCUUUGACGUCUUACGCCCGUGCGGCCUCGUUAUUACAGGCACAUGAAGGACUUGAAUGGAACACGCUACUUACAACGCUAGGCAAACUGUCCUGUGAGUUUGAGGGUUCUUCGACGGACGAGUCUACGCUGUUGCACAAGAUUAGCGCACAGAUAAAUCCUUCACGGGGGGGAUCCUCUGCACUGCAAGCCAUCGUGCAAGCGCAAAUACUGUACCGUCAGUCGAAAGGAGGCAAGUCGCUGGAUUUACUUCAGGCACUGUUGUCAGAAGAGGACACACAGUCGAAUGAUAGCGAAACCGUUGCACUUGUCGGCCUAUCGAUGGCAAGCUUGCUGACGGACGAGUUUGCCGCUCAAGCUACCCGUCUCGCAACAGCGAGUAAAAAUCAUCUCUUGUCGUCAGUUGACCAAGCAGAGUCAACUCUUUCUAGGCGUGACCAUCUGAAUCUUCAAUUGGUGGAGCUUCACGAGCGGUGGGUGGGCGCCGAAGAUGCGUACCUGACUCGCCUACAUGCGCUGUCACGAACCAAUGACGGCUUCAACUCCAAUACGCUAUGGAUGAGGUUGGCUUUUGCGACGAUUGAUUCGCAAACCCUUCAGGUGUCCGGUUGUCUUGCUGAGUACUUACGAGCGGCAGCGAGCAGUUUUCCGUCCUGUGGUGAAGAGACGGUUGAUCGCAACUUUCUGGAUGCACUAUUAGGAUUGUUUAAGGCUGGUCCAUCAGGAACGAAGGGUUUGUGCUUGGAUUCGCAAAAGCUGGUUCGUGCUCAACCUUGGAACCCACAAGCAUACAUUGUUGCCGGGACAAGUGUCCUUAAGCGGGUGAGCCUUGAAGCAAAGCAUGAAUCGCACGAUGACGUUCUUCGCCAGCUAUUGCGCCUGUUGCAGACUGGCUUAUCGUUAUUGGGUGACCCGAGCGACAAUGAGUACGACUGUGCUCAGUUGGAGCUGUUAAUGAGCUACUGCUUUCUUAAACUAGGUGAUGAAGAUGGAGCGUUUGCUAUCUCAAGCAAAGCGUUAAACCGCGUGACGACAGGCAAGGAGAGUGGUUCCUUGGUACGUUCUGUGGACUUGGAUCUGUUAGAAGCGCGUUUGCUCUCGAUCUUAGACACAGUGAAGGCUAUCAACAAAUACUUGGCUACGAUUGCCGCUGUCUCAGAUGGAGCUGCGUCUUCUUCGGGCCGUUUGGUUCCAAUCCUCAUUGAGCUGGCUGGGCUUUACGAAGAACAACAGCUCUUAGAUGCUGCUAUCAACGUGUGGAAGCUUGUGGCCUCGUUAACAGCUGCCAGACCUGUUGGCUCCACUGAUACCGAUGACGAUACGAGUAGUGUUACCACCGCGACAAGCAGCAACAGUGAGAUCGCCACUUGUUUCUUGGCAAACUUGCGGCUUUCUCUCCUUUACGGUAAAAAGAACAACGUCAAGCACGCGCGCAAGCACAUCAAGGUCGCAGUAACCCUCGCCGAAGCUGGGUCCGACUCCAACUCAUCUACAGUUGCGGCGUUUGUUGAAAACGUCUUCGCAAACUAG